UUAACUAUUUAUUUACAAUAAAAGAUCAACUAGCGAAGAAGGGUUGUCUUUAAAAAAAAGUGGGUCAAUUGCGUUCCAUAAAUCUUUAGCAAAAAUUACGGUUUAACAGAAAAAUUACAUGUUUUUUGCUGCAUAAUGAGUUCAACCAACAUAAUUCAUUAUGGGGGCUGUCACUGUGGUCAAAUUCGUUUCAAAGUAAUAGCCCCUUCGGCCGUAAUUGUCUUUGACUGCAACUGUAGCAUAUGCACGAAAAAGCAAAACAGGCAUUUCAUCGUCCCAUCAACCGACUUCACUUUGCUCCAAGGAAAGAAUCAUCUGACGACAUACACUUUUGGCACAAAUCAAGCUAAACACCAGUUUUGCAAGACAUGUGGUGUCCAAAGUUUUUAUAUACCGAGAUCUAACCCGGACGGAAUAGGGGUGAUGCCUCACUGUAUUGAUCAAGGCACAGUUCAAGAAGUCAUCACUAAAACGUUUAAUGGUCAACAAUGGGAGGAGAGUAUGGGAAAAUUUCCAGAGAUCAAAAAAUUUUCUCAACACCCAUCAACAAACAGGAACCGUAGAGCAGAAAUCUCUGCAUAGGUACACCCACCGAGGAAAAAGACUAGCGUGACCUUUGUUUCUUCAAUCGAACUAUGAAUACUAUUCUUGGAAUUUCCUAAAACCAAACACAUAUGAAAGUCAACGCUAAUCUAAUCUAGAAUGUAAUACAACUAACUUCUUAAAUCCA